AUGGACACCGUCGAACUUAAUCAAAAAAACCUAAAUCCCCUAACCCACCCACGCGUGACUCUCUCUCUCACCUGCUGCCUCAUUCCCGCCCACCGUGUCGCCGCAACAAAAAAGCGUCAUCGCCCCUCCCCUAUCGUCGCGCUCGCCGCCUCUCCUUGCGCCUCCCAGGUCGCCGCCGCGCGUGAAGACGGCUCACUCGAGCUCUGGCUCGUCUCCCCGGGCUCCGUCGGCUGGCACAACCAACUCACUAUACAGGGGAACGACGAGUCGAGGGUCACAUCACUGGUGUGGGGGCGAAGAGGAGGUGAAGCGACCGGCCGGCUGCUCUCGUCCAACGUUGAUGGGUCGGUUUGUGAAUGGGAUCUAUUCUACCUGCAGCAAAAGAUUGUUCUAGAUACUGUUGGAAUUCCAAUCUGGCAAAUGGCAAUGGAGCCUUCAGUUGAUGCUAAAAAUACUGAAAAUAAUAGCUCAGAGUUUGUUGUCAAUGGCCAUCCAGACCAAAAUGACUACAGCGAUUCUGACUUAAGUAACAUUGAUGAUGGUGACAACUCUGAGGAUGAAGAUGGUGCAUUGACUUACUAUAGGUCUCUUCCAAGAGUGAGCGGAGAUGGUGCCACAUUGGAAUCGGUUCCAGAGCUUGUGAAGGCAAUGUACCUAAACGUUGAAAGCUUCCCUUGUGUGAGGCUGUUGAAUCUUUCUGGUGAAAUUGGCUGUUCUAAUCCUGGAAGUGAGAAGGUCAUUGCACCAAUUGUAAGACUUAGAAAAGGCAGUGAUCAAUUGGUUCAACCAUCUACUAUUCUCCUUUCCUUAGAUCAGAUGUCAGAUUUCUUUCUGAGGGUAUCCAAUGAUCCAGAACUUCACCAGAAGGUGACUGGUGUAUUGGUUGAGUCAAAUGGUGUCAACAAUGACUUACAAGGUCACUAUUCUGAACUAAGUUGUCUCCUGAUAGAAAAUUUCCAAAAGAUGAUUUUGCACCCUACUCAAAUCACAGCCAUGAUUGGAAUCCUGCUGGAUCAGGUAUCAUGUGGAACAAAUAUAAUUUUCCUGUAUUUCUACUUUCAGAAGAGAGUACAAACACUCUUCAAAAGAUUUCAGAAAAAAAUUGAGAAGACUGGCAAUGGAUAUAAAUCAAAUGUUGCAGAAUUCAACCUUGUUAUGCAGACAACCAAAGCUCAAACACAUGAUUCAGCAUCCUGCCUCAAAGAACAAUCAUGCUUGCCCUUAGGUGGACACAGUGUAUGGACUUCAUUACCGCCACUUAAAAACGGAUCUACAGGGCAUCCGAAACCUUUAAUAUUGGCUAUUGCGUCUCAAGACUCUGCAUCAUUUUUUCGGGACCGUAGUCUUGGUUCAGAUUCUCCCAUAUCUGGAUUGAUUGCUUUGCUCAUUGCUGUUGAUGCUCUUUCUCACAUUCAUGGUCUAAGCAAGCUUAAGAAACAGCUUGUGUUCGCUGUUUUUAAUGGUGAGGCCUGGGGUUAUCUUGGUAGUCGGAAAUUCUUACAGGAAUUAGAUGAAGCCGCUGCUUCUGUGAAUGGAAUUAGUAGCUUAAUGAUUGACCAGGUGAGUGCCAGAAAAAUUAAUACAGACAGAGACAACCUCAGACUACAGUUAAUCAUGGAGAUUUUAGACCAUGGAGAUUUUAGUGUGAUAUUUGAGCUGGCCAAUUUUGACCAUGGAGAUUUUAUUCGUUCUAAAUUGUACAUAGUUUUGGCUUUUUUCUAG